AUGGAAAGAAAUAGGAAACUAAGAAAAACCUUCAGAACAGCAUUUACCAGAAUUUAUAAUGGGAUAAAUGAGGAGCUAUGCAAAGAUGAGCAAGACCUACACAAUAUAAAGGGUAAAUUGAGCUCUCUGGAAGGUAAGAUAGAAGAACUAAAAACUUUGGACAGGGAAAUUUUAGAUUUCUUACUUGAUUCUGAAGCAGAUGAAGAAGAGUUAAAUGAAGAAGUUAGGCUAGCAGAUGAAUAUGUAGAGAAGUUUAAUCGAAUUAGUUUAGCUGUACAGAGUAGAUUGAUUAGGCCUGGGUCUACUUCACCUGAGUCCAAUGGAUCUGUAAUGAGUAAAUCUACUGCUGUUAGGACUAAGCUGAAGCUACCUACUAUUGAAUUCACAAAGUUUAGCGGGGAUUUGAAGGAUUGGUUACCUUUUUGGGCACAAUUCAAAAGAAUAGAUGAUGACGAGAAUAUUGACGAUAUUGAUAAAUAUCAUUAUCUUGUGCAGGCUACUAUAGCUAAUUCUAGGGCUCGUCAGCUGGUCGAAAGUUAUCCUGCUACCGCUGAGAACUAUUCAAAAGCUUUGCAAAGUCUUAAAAGUCGUUUUGGUAGAGAUGACCUUCUCAUAGAAGUGUAUAUUAGAGAGCUUUUGAAGUUAGUGCUGAGUAAUUUAAACAGUAAGGUAGAAGUUUCUUGCAUUUACGAUAAACUGGAAACCCAACUAAGAGCAUUGGAGACAUUAGGAGUAACAACUGACAAAUGUUCUGCUAUGUUAUAUCCUCUUAUAGAGUCUUGUUUGCCCGAGGAACUGUUGAGAGCUUGGCAGCGUCACUCCGGCUAUGAAGUUGAUGCUGAACUUAAUAGACUUGAUGGUUUGAUGAAGUUUCUGCAAAAGGAGGUUGCUAACGAGGAAAGGAUUACUCUAGCCGCAUCUGGUUUUGAAAAUAGUAAGCAACCUAACCUACAGCCUAAAGUAAGUAAAUCUACUGUAUUUCGACCUAAGCCUAGUUACGCCAGACAUACUGAAAUGAUGCCGACAGCUGCUGGUUUAGUUUACCCAACGAAGUCUGAUAAGUUAAAUACUAAAGACGUUAAAUGUAUGUUUUGUGGUUCUAACCACUUAGCUGAAAACUGUAAAGACAGUAAAUUGACAGUAGAUGAGAAGGUGAAAAUCGUUGGGAAAAAUGGUUGUUGCUUUACUUGCUUAAAGUAUGGUCAUAGGAGUGUGCAAUGUAAAGUUAGAGUAAAAUGUCCCAUCUGUGGAAAGAGGCACACUGCUGUUAUGUGUAGGGCAUCUGAUGCAAAAGGAAGUUCAUUGAGUGAACAACCAGGCAAAGAAAGUUCUCUAGCAAACAAUGUUCACACAGAAGUGUUUUUACAAACCUUUCUAGUAAAAAUUAGAAACCAAAAUCGAGAGCGAACAGCACGUGCUUUAAUAGAUACGGGAUCACAGCGAUCUUAUAUUUUGAAAAAUACAGCAAAGGAAUUUGGCUACGACAUAGUCAGAAGGGAGAAGCUAGCUCAUGCUUUAUUUGGUGGCACUAGUACUGAAACAAUUGAACAUGCGUGUUAUAAGGUUAGACUAAGUGACUUAAAUAACAGCUAUGCCUGCAAUUUUGACGUUCUUGAUCAAGAUAUAAUUUGUAACGAUGUUACAACAGUUAAGCCUGGUCCUUGGUCCAUAGAGCUUGGAACACUGGGAAUUAAUAUAACAGAUGGAGACGGGCCUAUUGAAGUUCUGAUAGGUGCAGACGUUGCCGGGAAACUUUACACUGAGAAACGAUAUCUGCUUUCCAACGGGUUAGUUGCGAUGCACACUUUGUUGGGCUGGACUUUAAUGGGAAGAACUACAGUUGAAGGGAAUGACAGGUCCAGUUCUAUGGCAGUAAUUUCUUUACUUUCCCCUAUUGAUAAUAAAUCAAUUUCAGAUUUGUGGAGUUUGGAUGUUUUAGGAAUCAAGGAUCCAGUGGAGGUCAAGAGUGAAUCUUCAGUUAAAAGUAGAACAAUGGAACAUUUUGUAGAAUCUGUUUCAGUGGAAAAUGAUGGCAGAUAUCAGGUCAAAUUGCCAUGGGUUGAUGAUCACCCGCCGUUACCUACUAAUUCAAAAGUAGCACAGAAGAGACUCAGUAAUCUUACAAAUAAACUUAAUUCUAGUGGAUAUCUUAGUUCAUAUCAACAGGUGUUGUCUGACUGGGAGGAAUUAGGUAUCAUAGAGAAGGUUAACGAUGCUGAUUUGGAAAUUGGUCACUACCUACCGCAUCGACAUGUGAUAAAAGAAAACAGUCUUACCACGAAAUUGAGACCUGUAUUUGAUGCAUCCGCUAAAGAAAAGAAUCAGCCCUCGUUGAACGAUUGUCUAGAAAAAGGGGACAAUCUAAUUGAAUUGAUUCCGUCCAUAUUAAAUCGUUUUAGACUACACAGAUAUGGAGUUGUUGCUGACAUCGAGAAGGCUUUUCUUCAGAUUGGUGUACAUACGGAUGAUAGAGAUUUUCUUCGUUUUUUGUGGAUUAAUGAAGAUGGUCAAUUGGUUGUUUACAGACACGCUAGAGUGGUCUUUGGAGUUACCUGUAGCCCAUUUAUGCUAAGUGCAGUAAUAAAACUUCAUUUAGAAAAAACAUUAGACUUGAUAGAUUCUGGAUCGUUAAACUACUCAAGAAAAGUAGUAGAGACACUGUCGAGAAGUUUCUAUGUAGAUAACUGUAUGGCAAGUUUUGAUGACUUAACAGAUUUGAAUCUAUUUGUAGAUCAAGCGACUUCUGUAAUGAAAGAUGCUAGAUUCUGUCUUCGGAGUUGGGAGUGCACAGACAUUCAGAGUUUCAAAAAUGAUUCUACCUUGACACCUAUCUUAGGUUUAAAUUGGAACAAAAAUACUGACAUGAUUGAGUUGAAUUUUGAAAACUUUGAGUUUAAAGAGCCUGAAAUAGUCACAAAGAGAUCUAUUUUGUCUUUUGCUCACAAGUUGUUUGACCCCAUAGGUAUAACUUGUCCUGCUACACUCUUGCCUAAGAUAUUGCUGCAGAAAACGUGGGAAAGUAAAAUUGGAUGGGAUGACAAGGUUUCAGAAGAAAUAAAACUUUUGUUUUUAGAUUGGGCAAAGCAACUUGAGAUUUUUUCAAAUUUGAAAAUUCCAAGAUAUUUUGGAAAUGAAAUCGGAGGGAAUAUUUCUUGGACAGUUCACUGUUUUUGUGAUGCAAGCCAGGACGCUUAUGCGGCCGCUGUUUUCCUGAGGGGUGAAUCUAAUGGACUUGUAACAGUUCAAUUAGUUCAAGCGAAGAGUAGAGUUACACCUGUCAAGAAGAUGACUAUUCCUCGACUGGAGUUAUUGGCGGCUACCAUUGGCGCUCGUCUAACUGACAACGUCUUAAAGAGUUUGGAAUUUGAAAAUGUCAAAACAUUUUAUUGGACCAACUCAACCACCGUUUUGUCAUGGAUUCGUCGAGAAGAUUACUGGGGAGUGUUUGUUUGGAACCGAGUAAAGGAAAUAAGAUCCCUUAGUAGCAUCGAAUCAUGGAAUCAUGUUCCAGGCCAUAUGAAUCCAGCUGAUUUGCCGUCACGUGGAUGUUCUCCUAAGCAGCUAGUAGAGUCGAAAUGGUGGGAGGGACCACAAUGGCUAAGAAACUCAUCAAACUUGUGGCCUAACCAAAACUUCAGUGAUGAUUGUGAUGAGAAAGAAGUAAAUUCUGAACUUAGGAAGAUCAAAUCAACUACAAAGAUUCUGAUUAAUUCAAAACCUGAACCAGAUUGUUGGUAUUACAGAUAUUUCUACAGAUUUGAUAAAGUCGUCAGAUUGGGAGGCUGGUGGGAAAGACUCAUAAGACUAUUGAAACAGCUUCUUCGCACAGUCUUAGGAAGAGCUAGUUUGACUUAUGAAGAAUUUUUGACCGUUUUGUGCAGUUGUGAAUCUGUCAUAAAUAGUAGACCCUUGACUUACAUUUCAGAAGACAGCCAUGACAUGGAAGUUUUGACGCCAGCUAUGUUUUUGAAUGGUACGAAGGAGUAUGGAGUUAUUGAUUUGGAGCAGAUCAACUACACAAAUUUGUCUCGACGUUGGAACUUUAAAUUAAAAUUAAAAGAAGAUCUUGAACAAAGAUUUAGAAGCGAAUAUUUAAGUCAAUUGGUGUUACAUUCGAAGAAGAAGAAAUCUCGUCAAGUGCAAGUUGGAGAAAUUGUUUUACUUGGAAGCGACAAUACCAAACGGAUGGACUGGCCUUUGGCGAAGAUUGAGAAGAUACUUCCUGGAAAAGAUGGCAACAUACGUCUUGUGGAAAUGAAAACAUCAAAAGGAACAGUGCUGAGACCCAUACAACAUGUGUUUCCACUUGAAUUGGUCCAGCAGAAAGACAAUCAAGAUGGUAAUGAAACAUUCGAAAUGGAAGAUGAACAAGUAGCUGAAGGUGUUGGUCGUGAACAUGAUCAACCUGUUUACACACAAAGAGGAAGAAAAAUUAUACCCCCACGAAGAUACCUGGAUUAA